UUGUAUGCGCACAUCCCGAGGAGGAACUUCCAUCGUUGGUGCCUUUGUUUCCUUGUGAUCUGUCUCCUUCGCGCUACCCUUUCUCGCUCGGCCACCGGCGAGCGGGAUGGGGGCGCUCGACGCUGGCUGCUGCUUCGAGGACGAGCUCGAUGACGGGUACUUGGAGGUGGCAGCGGAAGAGAUCGGGUGCGAAUCUGGGGUGGGCUCCGGGUCCGACUCCGCCCGGGCGAUCGAGGACGCCGUGCGAGUGUUGCUGCAAGGCCUCGGGGAGGACCACGAGCGGGAGGGGCUCCGCAGGACGCCCCAUCGCGUCGCCAAGGCGUUCCGGGAAGGAACCAGAGGUUACAAACAGAAAGUAAAGGACAUUGUUCAAGGUGCCUUGUUUCCCGAAGCUGGUUUGGACCCUGUUAUUGGUCAUGCAGGAGGAGCCGGUGGGCUGGUGGUUGUUCGUGACAUCAACUUAUUUUCAUACUGUGAAUCUUGUUUGCUUCCGUUCAGUAUCCAGUGCCAUGUUGGUUAUGUGCCGUUAGGACAACGAGUUGUGGGUCUAAGCAAACUAUCCCGAGUUGCAGAUGUAUUCGCAAGGAGGCUUCAAGACCCACAAAGACUGGCAAAUGAAAUUUGUUCAGCACUACAGAGUAGCAUCAAACCUGCUGGAGUGGCUGUUGCUCUUCAAUGUUGGCACAUACAAUUUCCCGAAGCCCUCGAGUGUACUUCCAAUCUGCAGCACCUAUCCAAAUUGGAUAGGCAAGGGUGGGUAAAAGUUUCAGCUUCUUCAACUUCUGGAGUUUUUACAGAAGAAGAAAGCUCUGUGUGGGAUGACUUCUUGGCACUUCUGAAGCUAAGAGGUGUAGACAUCGAAGCAGGAGAUAUGAAUCGUUCUCAUGUUCCAUCUUGGUGUCCAGUACAGUCUCUGGAGACACCUUUGUGCAAUGGCCAUUGCACAAAGAGCUCUAAAGUUGGUAAGAAUUCUUCCAAGACACAUGCUGCAAUGGUGGCUGCAGUAGCUUCAAUUCUCCACUCCCUUGGUGAAGAUCCAUUGCGGAAAGAACUUGUCGGCACCCCAUACCGUUAUGUGCAGUGGCUAAUGAAUUUUAAGAGUUCUAACUUGGACCUAAGGUUAAAUGGUAUUAUUCUUAGGGAAGUGAGCUCCUCUAGUGUGACAGAUGGAAAUGUUACUCAGUUGAAUGAGAUUCUGUCUGUGUUGAACAUUCCCUUUUGCUCGCAGUGCGAGCACCAUCUCCUGCCAUUCCAUGGUGUUGUGCACAUAGGGUACUUGGAUAAACAAGAAGGUAAAUGUAUUGAGGGAUCCAUUUUGCGAUCAAUGGUCCAUUCCUUUGCUUGCAAGCUCCAAGUUCAAGAGAGAUUAACUAGGACUAUAGCUGAAGCAGUUUAUUCUGUUUUCAACAGUGGAGCAAUGGUUGUCGUGGAAGCUCGCCAUAUCUGCAUGAUAUCAAGAGGGAUUGAGAAAGUAGGAAGCAACACAGCGACAAUUGCUGUAUUGGGUCAAUUUUCUACUGAUCCAAUAGUCAAGCAUUUGUUCUUGCAGACAAUUGCCAAUAGUACUUAGUGGUGACUUGUCUGAUAAUUUCUGAAAGAUUUGAUCCGAUUAUAUCUGAUUCUACAUUUUUUUUCCUGUUAAUGCUGAGAUUUUACAUGACAGGAGGUAGUA